UUUGCUGCUUUCUUGUUUUGUUCCUGUGGACUGACGUGGCCUUUAGAGGGUGGCUUUUGUGUGCAGACAAGAGACCAGGUUUCAAAUGCCAGCCAGAGCAUCUUCGGGCUCAUUAAUAAUGGAGGCCUCUGACAGGGCCAGCUUCGCUCGCUUUGUUUCCACCGCAGACGAAAGGGGACAUGGACCUUUCUGUUUUGCCCAAUAACAACCAUCCUGACAAAUUCCUGCAGCUUGACGUGAAGUCUUUAAUGAGGAACUCGACCCUUCUGCAGGCUAGCCUCGCGAGAUUUCCCGGUGGAAAUUUUCCUGCUCCACAACACUGGCAAAACCUUGUCUACUCCCAGAACCCUGGGGCUUCUCAGAGGAGAUCUGUGAGCUGGAGUGAAAAGCCAGUGAGAGAAAAGAGCAUCUCUUCUCAACGGGCUAAGGGAUUUGGUGGGGAGAACGCAGUCCUUCCUGACAGUCCCCCACCGUCCAUGUCUUCAGUCAUGAAGAAUAACCCAUUAUAUGGUGACAUGAGCAUAGAGGAAGCUAUGGAAGAAAGAAAGAAGAGUCCUUCGUGGACCAUUGAGGAAUAUGACAAGCAUUCUGCGCACACGAAUCUCUCCGGACAUCUAAAGGAAAACCCCAAUGAUCUGCGCUUUUGGUUGGGGGAUACAUACACUCCAGGCUUUGACACUUUGCUGAAGAAGAAGAAGAAACGCAACAAGCGAUCGAAAUUAUGUCACUUGGGCAUGAUUGUGCUCCUUGUGGUCUCCAUCUUGGUUACCGUAGUGACCCUCAGCACUUUAUUGAUCUAAGGAAAUUGUAAAUCCUUCCUUAAAGCUCUAAAACGCCUUUUCGACCUUUACAGGAAAAUCUGUCUGUGCAUUGUGAAUGUGUGCCUCUGUGUCACUAGCUGUGUGACUAAACACCCUGUUGUCCUUUAGAAGGUGCGCAUUGCUUGUGUUUUGCUGGCCUCCCUGCUUCGUUCUGUGAAGCCUCUGUGUGAGUCCAGUCUGGGUUUUCUCCUUUGUGAAGCCGAUAUUCCAGAGUGGGGUACAAGUCACCAGUGGGCAAGGCACUGGUGACACUCCAGGAAUGCUGCCACUCUGAGGAUUCAUUUGAAUGACAAUGAGAACAGAAUAGAUUAUCAGAGGAGGGAGUUGGCUUAAGGACUCCAUAGGACAGGGAAGUAGCUUUUCCCUCAAAGUCAUUUCCGGUUGUCUUUUGGGUGUGGAUACCUGGGAACAAGUGCACCACCUCCUACUCCCAGAACAUCUUCCCUAAAGCCCCCACUGCCACUCCUAACGCUAUUUAGUGUGUAAAUCAAGGCUUUUCUUCUUCCCAAGAGUGCCCUUGGAUAACGCCUUAUUAUCUCGCUUUAUCGCUCUUAAAGAGACUUGAAGUAAAGUAUAUAAAAAUGAAGGUUUACUGGAUAAUAAAUUAUUGUGUACAAAG